AUGUUUGUCCUCAAACGAGACGGUCGCAAAGAGCAGGUGCACUUUGACAAGAUCACAUCGCGCAUCAACAAGUUAUGCAGCAAUCUGGAUUCCAAGUUCAUUGACCCUCCUCAGAUCGCGCAAAAGGUCGUAACAGGCAUGUACCAGGGCAUCACCACCGUUGAACUUGAUAACCUUGCUGCUGAAACUGCUGCGUACAUGACCACCACGCACCCUGACUAUGCUAUCCUUGCUGCGCGUAUUGCCGUGUCCAACUUGCACAAGGAGACCGACACUGACUUCAGCAAGGUUGUCCACAAGCUGUAUCAUCAUGAGCAUCCCCAGCUCAAGACCCAAAACCCGUUGGUUUCGCAAGAACUGUACGACAUUUCGCAAAAGCACGCCGAACGAAUUGAUGCUGCCAUCGAUUAUGAACGCGAUUAUGACUUUAAUUUCUUUGGCUUCAAGACCUUGGAACGUAGCUAUCUGAUGAAGAUCGAUGGUAGAAUCGUCGAGCGUCCCCAGCACAUGAUUAUGCGCGUAUCGUUGGGCAUCCACAAUGAAGAUAUCGAUGCUGCCCUCGAGACAUAUUACUACAUGUCCAACAAGUACUUUACCCAUGCCAGCCCUACCCUCUUCAACGCCGGUACACCGCGCCCUCAGCUUUCCAGCUGCUACCUGGUCCAAAUGCAAGACGACAGCAUUGAAGGUAUCUACGAUACGUUGACCACAUGUGCCAUUAUCUCCAAGUCUGCAGGCGGCGUUGGUUGCAGUUUCCAAAAGAUUCGCGCAUCGGGAUCGUACAUUGCCGGUACGAAUGGCACGUCGAAUGGCAUUGUCCCCAUGCUGCGCGUGUAUAACGACACGGCCCGUUUCGUGACCCAGGGAGGUGGCAAGCGUAAUGGAAGCUUUGCCAUGUAUCUUGAACCGUGGCACGUUGACGUGUUUGACUUUUUGGAUUUGCGCAAGAACUCUGGCAAAGAAGAAGUCCGUGCGCGCGAUCUAUUCUUGGGUCUCUGGGUGCCUGAUCUGUUCAUGAAGCGCGUCGAGGGCAACGGCGAUUGGUCGCUGUUCUGUCCUAAUGAAGCCCCUGGUCUUGAUCAAUGCUAUGGUGAAGAGUUUGAACGUUUGUAUAUCAAGUACGAGCAAGAAGGCAGAGCCAGAAAGACUGUCAGUGCUCAAAAGCUUUGGUUUGCUGUCUUGGACGCGCAGAUUGAGACGGGCAUGCCCUACAUGCUUUACAAAGAUGCAUGCAAUGAGAAAUCAAACCAAAAAAACUUGGGUACUAUCACGGGCUCCAACUUGUGUACUGAAAUCAUCGAGUACUCGGCCCCUGACGAAGUUGCUGUCUGCAACUUGUCAUCGCUUGCACUGCCCAAGUUUGUCAACACCGAAACAUCAGAAUUCGAUUUUGAAAAACUACAUGCCGUAACCAAAAUUGUGACCAAGAACUUGAACAAGGUCAUUGAUGUCAACUACUACCCUGUUCCUCAAGCCAAGAAGAGUAACAUGAGACAUCGUCCUAUCGGUCUCGGUGUCCAAGGUUUGGCCGACGCCUUUUUGUUGCUUCGUCUUCCCUUUGACUCUCCCCAAGCAAGACAGCUCAACAAGGAUAUCUUUGAAACCAUCUAUCACGCUGCUCUGGAAGCUUCUUCUGAACUUGCCGAAAAGCUUGGCGCAUACGAAACGUACGAAGGCUCGCCUGUCAGCAAGGGCGUCUUGCAACACGACAUGUGGGACGUUCAGGGCUCUGACCGGUUGGAUUGGGACGGCCUUCGUGCAAAGAUUGCCAAGCAUGGCGUUCGCAACUCUUUGCUUGUUGCCCCUAUGCCAACGGCUAGCACAAGUCAAAUUCUCGGUAACAACGAAUGUUUCGAGCCUUAUACCAGCAAUAUUUACACAAGACGUGUCAUGAGCGGUGAAUUCCAAGUAGUGAAUCACCACUUGCUCAAGGACUUGAUUGAUCGUAAUAUGUGGAACGAGCAAGUCAAGAACAUGAUCAUUGCCCACAAUGGCAGUAUUCAACAAGUUCCUAUGAUUCCUGAUGAUUUAAAGAAGCUUUACAAGACCGUAUGGGAACUCUCCCAGCGUGUUAUCAUUGACAUGGCUGCCGAUCGUGCUGCAUUCAUUGAUCAGUCACAGUCGCUCAACUUAUUUGUAGCGGAACCCAGCUACGGUAAACUCUCCUCCAUGCACUUUUACGCUUGGAAGCGUGGUUUAAAGACUGGCAUGUACUACCUCCGGUCAAGACCUGCCGUAGAUGCUAUCAAGUUCACUGUCGACCAGCUUGCAUUGAAGGAUAAGGCCGAUGAUCCCAACGCACAAAAAGACGCAGAAGACAAGCUGGCUGCUAUGCAAUGCUCGCUUGAUAACCGAGAUGCCUGCAUUAGCUGCAGCGGUUAA